AACUUCAGUGGAUACAACAAAUUACAAAUGUGAGUUGACUCCUUUACCACCACCCCAAGUUGUGUGAAUAUGUACGUUGUUUAAGAUACAAGUGUUGAACUGAGGCUAGCUAAUGUGCUAAAGCUAGCAUCAACGCAUCGCGCUUUUUAAACGUCACUUCCGUCAGCUGAUAAACAAUCUCUUGUAGGUGAACACAGACAUUAGCAAAAUGUCUAAUGCUUUAUUGUUAGUGUGUUGCUUGGAAUUGCUUAAUAAAAAGAAAUAUCCAAGCGUUAGUUUAAAGUGUGAUCCUUUACCAUGUCUAUCAAUGUCAUGUCAUUUGAAAUAAUAACCUUAUGGACUUGAGCCAUCGGUCUGCGCUUGCUUGUGUCUGGACUCAGAGGAAGACCGCAAGGGGCAUUUUGGACCGGGUCGAUGUCGCUCCAGUCCAGUAGGGAGCAGUAAUACUUCUAUUUCCUCCGUUGAUUUCGUAUGAUUUGCUCAUGUUACGUCACAGUCACAACGUCAGAGGAAAAGCAAUGGCGACGAGCAGCUCUUGUUUUUCACGGACCCAAACAAACCGCGGAAAUCGAAGCAAAAACAUUUUAAAUAAAAUUCGACAUGGCCAAAUCACUGAGGUGGGGCUGACUAGAGGGACUCAGGUUCCUGUAGCUCUCCUGGAGGAGAGAGAUAAAAGAGCUCAGUGGCAGGGGAUACCAGUGUUAUUGAGAAAGCUUCAUGAGAGCAGCCACCCUAACAGUGAUCUCACCAAGAUUCACAGUGUGGUCAUGGAACUAUCGUCAUUGCUUUCUAUGGAGGCCAUGUCAUUUGUCACAGAGGAGCGCAAGACACCACGGGAGUCUGUUUCACCCAAUACAUAUACGUUUGACCAGUUUGGAGGAGUUGAUUUGUUUGUGGAGAUUCUGAUGUGGCCAACGCUCACAAUACAGGGAGACCUACCCAUAUUGAGUGAUGAUCUCAUCAAGGAUUGUCUGAGUGUUCUUUACAACUGCUGUAUAUGUACAGAGGGCGUAACAAAAAGCCUUGCAUUGAGGGAUGAUUUUAUCAUGUUCCUUUUUACCCUCAUGUCUAACAAAAAGGUCUUCCUACAAAUUGCCACUCUUAUUGAGGACAUUCUAAGUGUGAGGAAGGAAAUAAUUAAACUUCAAGAAAUUCCCAACCUGCCCAGUCUGGUCCAAAGCUUCAAUCAGCAGCAGCUGGCCAACUUCUGUCGUAUCCUAUCUGUAACCAUAACAGAGCCAGAUGUGAGUGUAGACGACAAACACACUCUCCUGGCCUGCAGCACCCAGCAAAAGGCCAACCACCUGCCAUCACGUGCUGAGAGCAACCAGGUGGCACUGCUGAAUAUCCCCGGCUUUAUUGAGCGUCUUUGUAAGCUGGCCACACGGAAAGUUACAGAGGCAGAAAGUGUCUCUGCCAGACUGGAACUAGAGGACUGGCACAGUUGGCUUGACAAUGCCCUGGUGCUGGAUGCUCUCAUGCAGUUAGCAAUUGAGGAAGCGGAGCAGAGCAGUACAGAGUCAUCAGACGAGAGUUCACUAUCCUCCAGUCCGCUCAGACACCGGCUUCCUCAGUCCAUGAAGAUAGUCCAUGAGAUCAUGUACAAAGUGGAGGUUCUCUAUGUGUUGUGUGUAUUGCUUAUGGGCAGAGAGAGAAAUCAGGUUCACAGAAUGCUGGCAGAGUUCAGAUUACUUCCAGGACUCAAUAACCUGUUUGAUAAGCUUAUCUGGAGAAAACAGCAAUCAAGACAUGUCUUACACCAACAGAACCAGAACUGUGACUGCAGUCCAGAGAUCUCAUUCAAAAUUCAGUUUCUCAGACUGCUGCAGAGCUUCAGUGACCACCAUGAGAAUAAGUACCUUCUUCUAAGUGGACUGGAGUUGAAUGAACUGAGUGACAUCUACGUCAAUGCGAACAUCUUUGAAAUGGAGGCACUGAAUAAUACAGACAGGAAUCUUGUGUGUGAAGGUAAAAAGGGUCUUCUCACACGGUUAAUCUCAGUUAUGAAGAAGGAGCCAAUUGAUUCUUCAUUUAGGUUCUGGCAAGCAAGAGCAGUAGAGAGUUUUCUGAGAGGGACGCCUACAUAUGCAGACCAAGUGUUCCUGCUAAGAAGAGGCUUGUUAGAGCAUAUUCUCUAUUGCAUCAUCGACAGUGGCUGUAAGUCCCAUGACGUCCUUCAGAGCUAUUUUGACCUACUUGGUGAGCUCAUGAAGUUCAACAUUGAUGCCUUCAAAAGAUUCAACAAAUAUGUCAACACUGAGGAAAAGUUUCAGAUGUUCCUUACUCAGAUCAACAACUCUCUGGUGGACUCAAACAUGCUGGUGCGAUGUAUCAUCCUUUCUCUUGACCGCUUUGAGAGCCAGACUAAUGACAUGAAAGUUGUAGAAGUGUUUUCAGAGUGUCGUCUCUUGUCCUACAUGGCUCAAAUAGAGAACAGGUUGAUCUUCCUUUUUAGACUAAUCAAAAUCGUCAACGUCCAGACUCUCACCCAGGAGAAUGUUAGCUGCCUUAACACCAGUCUGGUAAUACUGAUGCUGGCAAGGAGGCGGGAAAAGUUGCCCUUUUAUCUGAGCACUUUGAGAGAGAAGGAGUAUACAGAGAAAUACCCCGGCUACCUGCUCAACAACUUCCACAAUCUGUUGCGCUUUUGGCAACAACAUUACCUCAACAAAGACAAAGACAGCACCUGCCUUGAGAAUAGUUCUUGCAUUCCCUUCACCUAUUGGAAGGAGACAGUCUCAGUACUGCUGGGUUCUUGUAAAGGCUCAAGCUGUGCCAUUGCCUCCUACAUUGAUGAGGCCUAUAGGGACCUGGACAGAGACUUCUUAGAACUGUGACCAUAGAGACUAUGAUAUUUUGAGCUUCUGAGAGGACUCAUCAAUUUCAUCAACACAUCUUAGUUUAUAAGACAUCCUACAUUCAGAUGCAUUACAAAAUAGUGGUGUGUGGAUGUAGGUGUGAAUGUUAUCUGGGUAUUCAUGUUAGUGAUUGUGUUGAUCUGCUUAUUUAUGUGUUGGCUGGCUCAUCAAAAUGGUGAUAUCAUGGCUCGGAGUAUUACCUGUGCAGUGAAUGUGUGCUUGGGAUUAUGUUAUACUAUUGUAGAGGUGUGUGUGUGUGUGUGUGUGUGUGUGUGUGUGUGUGUGUGUGUGUGUGUGUGUGUGUGUGUGUGUGUGUGUGUGUGUGUGUGUGUGUGUGUGUGUGUGUGUGUGUGUGUGUGUGUGUGUGUGUGUGUGUACUGGACUCUGGAUGUUUUAUUGUCAGUCCAUAGAUUUACAGCUGCUUUUUUCUCUAGUACAAGAGCUCUCUCGCCUCUCCUGUUGAGAGAGUUGAGUCAUCACACCUGGGCAUAACAAAUUUCUCUAAGCAGUCAGGAAGAGCCUCAAUUCCCACCAUCCCUCCCUCAAUGCAAAAAAGGCUAUGAAAUUCAGGGGCAUCUCAAAGUAUUAUGUUGGUGGAUGGCUUAGUUUACAUACUUUUCAGCCCCACACUCUUAGAAUGAUGACACAAUUGCAAGAAAAGUAAAUAAAUAAAUUGUUUUAUCACAACCAUGACUGUAUACAAAUUGUUGAAUGUUUUAAUGUUUGUGCAUUUCAGCAGUCUUUAAAACUGCAGAGGUACUUAUCUGUUAAGAGAUUUAAGAAAUAUGUACAAUUGUUAGCAGGCUACUUGAUGGCUUUGUUUCACAGUAAUGUCAAUUAACCAACCAUAUAGUUCGGAAAAAGUCACCGUUCUGAAGCCCAUUCUUGCAUUUUAAAUGUACAUGUAGUGUACUGUCCAUUCAAAAUACGAUUAAUUUAUCGGUUUAAUAAAACAUAAUUUUUUUCAUUUAAUAACUCUAAAAAAAUAUAUAUAUAUGUAUAUAUAUAUAUAUUUUUUUUUUUUUGGUUCCUGUGUAAUAAGUGUUAUUUCUUAUGCCUCAAAAGUACAUAAAAUGGCAGGUAUUCCCACACAAAUUUUGCUUUUGUGACCAGGACAGUGAUAUUUUUAAAUGUACUUACUUUCCAGAACAUUCCAGGUGGGAGUAACUUCUAGAACUUUCCAGUAUAUAUAAAUAGUAGUAUAAAUACAGGGGCCUUAAGCCAACCUGUUCAGUUUAGUUCCAGCUGCCUAAGUGAAUACAUAUCUGCAUUUUUCUGAGAUGGCAUCUAGAGGCUGUAAGCAUCCGUCAGAUGCAUUUUGCCAUGUCUGUGUCCAAUUUAUCAAGAUAAGAGCGAGAAAGUACUCAAUAGAAUCAUCUACAAAGAUGUGUGCGGCCUACAAGGCAUAUUUCAGCAAACUCUGGGCACCUCUUUUCACCUGCGAGCACUACAAAAAAAAAAACUAAAAAAACCUCUGGAAGGUAAGAUGGGCAAUUGUUGCUUGGGAUUUUAUGUUAUAAAAUGUGUUGUUUUUAUAUUGUAAAAGUUUUAAUUUUAAAAUAUUAAAAAAAUUUCAAUGUUAUUUAAAUAUAUAUCAUAUAUGAAAAAUGUUGCAAAAAUGUCUUACACACUAGUCAUGGGUGAAAUAAAUGUAUAUUUGUAGGAUGGUACAGAGGGGGAAAGAGCCAUGAAGUUGGAUAUCUCAAGUAUUUGGCGGGAACCCAUUGGCCACUCAAGCAACUGCUACUUCUGCAUGGUGGACCCUUCCAAACAUCGGACUGGCAAGAAUAUACCUGCUAUCACAUAUCUGCACCUUCCUUCAUCCAUCGCCCCGGUGCCACACUGCCAUGAGCUCCCCGUACCAUCUCCUCCAGAGAGAGAGCAGCCAGUCAGAGAGCAAGGAAUACUAUGUAGAUCCAGAUGACAAUUUCAGAGGUGGAGCUGAGGAGAGAAACCCAUACUACCCCAACCAAAAAGACCUCAACUACUUCAUUAGAGAUCUUGGUUUCACCAAGUUCAAUGCCGAGAUUUUGAUGUCUAGGCUCACACAGUGGAACUUGUUGGAUGAAAGUGUGCAAGUCGCAGAUCAGAGGAAGCAUCACCAACAAUUUUCCAGCUUCUUCACUUGUCAAGAUGGGCUCUGCAUCUGCCACAUUGUGACCAGUCUGUUCAAGGUAAUCAGAAUCGCCUGUUACCAGAAUGAGUGGCACCUCUUCAUUGACAGCUCAUCCAGGAGCCUCAAAGCCGUGCUGCUCCUUUAUGG